GUACACUUUGUCCACGUCGCAGAUCGCUUUCAAAAUAUGGCUCACGUGCGGCCGUGCCGUAAGCAGCAGCCGCCGGAGUAGACCCCACUCUCCCGCAUGUCCCCUUGUGCCUCACUUGCGAAAAAAGACGGUGCACUUCCGCCCCGCCUCCCUCCAUUGUGCGUGCCAUAUUGAGUCGUGAUCAUUGGCUCACCCUCCCAAGUCAGUUGCCAGCAGGUGUCUACAUGGCAAAAGUUUGUUUUAUACGAACAAUUUUGACUAAAAUUGCCGCUAAUUUCGUCUCCUGUAGCCGACAGUCUGUUGUAGAGCGGUCCGUUAAGAUCGAACCUCGUUGCAUAAUUAAAAUAAGUAGAGCAAACUAAGGUUGAAAUAUGGUCCAUUGUAUUCGAAAAUCUGUUGUACGCAGGUCCGUUGUAACGAGCGUAGACUCGAUGUAUAUAUAAAAGCAAAAAUUGCACUCAAGUGACUUGAGGCCAUGCGCGGAUUAUCCUGCACUUAAAAACAAUAAAUCAUUUUUGACAGAUAGGGAAGGCAUACUCACAUACUGAGAACCGAGGCAAUCCAUUUUUGUUGAUCCAACCAUCAGUCUAGUCAGAGUAUAUUUAUUUUUUGUCAGAAUGGCACAUCUCUGAAGGAGCAGGCAGCGCCUAUACGUAUUGCAGUACAAUGCGAGCCAACCUUCUCAGCCUGGUGGAGCACACCUAGGUUAUUAUGGCCAACCUAGCACUGUUGCAUGUGCUCUGGAUUUUACUAGAAUAUGGUUAAGGGGAGACAAUGAAAGAUGUGCUCAUUUGGGUCAGUAACGAGCCAUUGAAAUAUACUGUUGUAAUUGACAUUAAUUCGAUAGUACUGCCUGGAAGUUUGUGCUGUUUAAACAUGUACAUUUCACCACUUUCUAGGCUGCAGGUAUGUCCCAUUGGCGGGUGUUUCCAGCACAGCGAUAGCAAUGCCUGUUGCUAUCCCCAGUUUGGGCGUUCUGUGGAUCACAUUAUGUCAUGCUUUUGCCAGUGAAAAGGAUCUCUCUGCUGUUACGGAUGUGUCCAGACCUUCUACAAGGCACAGAAGAAGUUGUUUUGUUUGGACUUUGUUCCUUGUCAUCAGGGCCACUGGAGCAGUACGACUCGCUCGUGUCAGUGUCCGGCAAACGGCAUUCCUGCCAGCUGUGCCCCUUUGUGACUAAGUACAAGUCAAGCAUGCAGACACACCUGCGCAUACACACAGGCGAGCGCCCUUUCAAGUGCCACCUCUGCCCUGAGGCAUUCACUACUGUUUCUGCCUUCAAGCGGCAUGAACGCACACACACUGGCGAGUGCCCCUACAACUGCCACCUCUGCCCUGAGGGAUUCACUGAUAGUUCCAACUUCAAGCGGCAUGUCCGCACCCAUACAGGCGAGCGCCCAGUCAAGUGUCGCUUCUGCCCGAGCACAUUCCGUGACAGUUCCACCCUGAAGCAGCAUGUGCGCACGCAUACAAAAGAGCGCCCGUUCAAGUGCCACCUAUGCCCACAAGCAUUCUCUCAGAGUGGACAUCUGACAAGCCAUGAACGCUGCCACACGCGAGUGCGUUCCUUUUCCUGUGCACACUGCAGCGCAUCUUUUUCACAGAAUCAGAAACUCUUGAUCCACAUGUCCUGUCACACUGAGGAGAAGCCCUGUUUCAUGUCAUCAGGGUCACUGCAGCAGUAUGACUCACUCGUGUCAAUGCGUGGCAAUCUGCAUACCUGCCGGCUGUGCCCCUAUGUGACCGCAAUAAAGUCAAGCAUGCAAGAUCAUCUGCGCAUACAUACUGGCGAGCGCCCCUUCAAGUGCCACUUCUGCCCUGAGGCAUUCACUCGUCAUUCUAACUUAAAGCGACAUGAACGCACACACACUGGCGAGCGCCCCUACAAGUGCCGCUUCUGCCCAGGCAAAUUUGCUCACCGUAACACCCUGAACCGGCAUGUCCGCACCCACACAGGCGAACGCCCAUUCAAGUGUCGCUUUUGCCCGAGCACAUUCCAUGACAGUUCCACCCUGAAACAGCAUGUCCUCACCCACUCAGGCGAGCGCCCUUUCAAGUGCCGCUUCUGCCCAGGCACAUUUGCUCACCGUACCACCUGGAACCGGCAUGUCCGCACCCACACAGGCGAGCGCCCAUUCAAGUGUCCCUACUGCCCGAGCGCAUUCUGUGAAAGUUCCACCCUGAAGCAGCAUGUGCUCACGCAUACAAAAGAGUGCCCCUACCAGUGCCACCUGUGCCCACAAGCAUUCAAUAAGAAGUCCAAUCUGACUCGUCAUGUACGCCGCCACACACGAGAGCGUUCUUUUUCCUGAACCCACCGCAGCGCCUCGUUUUCGUGGCAUCAGAAACUCUAUAUCCAUGUGUCCUGUCACACUGAGGAGAAGCCCUAAAGGUCAGGGGCAUGGAGUUUUUCGUACAUCAAUCAAUUGAUCGAUUUGUUUGGCGGAACAGGUUACUUAACUGCAUGGAGAAGUUUCCGUGUUCAACCGUAUGGUUUCUUGUAAUAUUACCUUGAAAGAAGUUGACUCCACUGUGAGAAUUCCACAGGACGACUGCAUCCAUGUGAUUUUAAAGCUGUGCUAGUUUUUUAAAAUAGAAGCAUGUCAGCCUUCUUUGUGCACAUUUUGUGGGAGUUAGCCGAGUUGAAGCACUUACUCUUUCUUAGGCUGCUCUGCAAGACAAUGUUCCUACCUGUGUAUGACUCUGACCUGUCAUUUCACAUAAGAAAAAUAAAAAAAAUACAAAUGCUAGGAUCCAGCAUUCCGCUUCAAUCGACAGUCAUGACUAAUUUUCAGCAUUCCUUGUGUAAACAUUCAUUUGGUCAUAUGACUGGUGUUCACAGAUUCUUGACUAAGCUGCGAAAUUUUUUCCCUUUACUUUUGACUUAUGCGUUUGACACCGAAGUUAUUAAAGGCAUGGCUGAAAAAAAUAAUUGCAGGAGAUUUUAACUUCAUUUAGCCCUCAUAAUCGAGUGCCACCAGUAUUAACUGUGAAUACAAAAUUUUUAUUAACUUUGGUGUAUAGCGUAUUCACAACAACCAGUACAUAAUGUCAGAAAAUGUUGCACAUGUACACGAAGAAAAAUAAAUGAGUAUGAGGCAGCUCCCAACCCAA